CUUCCGCUCCCCUCCCCUCCCGAGAGAAAACCCCCACCUUGCAUGGCCAAGCGCCUCCCGGCCGACGGCCUCGCCGCCAUCCGCGCCGCGCUCCGCCCCUCCGCCCGCAGCCCCCGAUCCCGCCCCGCCGAAGGCAAGGCACCGAAGCCGCACGCCGCCCCGCUGGAUACGCCCAGGAACGCCGCCGGCCCCGGGGCCAGCUCCGGCGGGCGCGCGGAGGUGAGGGAUUUGGCGGCGGCGUGCGGGCUGCAGGAGGACGAGCGCGUGCCGCUCUCCGAGGUGGUGCUUGACUGCACGAGGAGGUGGUUCCAGGACACGCUCAAGGAGGCACGCGCCGGCGACGCCGCCAUGCAGGUGCUCGUCGGCCAGAUGUACCGCAGCGGAUACGGCGUCAACAAGAACGAGCACAAGGCUCAAAUUUGGAUGGAGAAAGCAUCACGAUACCGAUCUACAGUCUGGAAAGUUAGCAGCAAACGCCCAGGAUACAAUGCUAGUGACUCAGAUUCAGAUGAUUCUAAGGAAACAGGCAAAUAAGCACAUGCUACUAGAAAGUAACUACAAAACUAGCAAGGCGAGACAAGUUCCUCAUGAUGCUUCAAACACACGGUUCUAUCAAGGAGAUUGUUUUCGUGCCCCAUAGUUUAAAGCAUCUACGAUGCUCUAUUCUCGUUUGUGGGUGUGGUUUACAAAUUUGAUUAUCAUUUCAAAUGUAAAAUUCUCAGGAUGGCUAUCACACUUUCACUGAGCAUGUGAGGCAUCAGCAGGUAUUUGAUUAUUUUGUGUUGUCACCUACUCCCUCCAGGCGUAAUUAUAUGUCGUUUAGGACAAUUAAAUUAGGAAGGGAAUAGACCUAAUCAUUUAUCUGAAACGACAAAUAAAAUUGAUUGGAGGCAGUAUGCAUUCUCAUUUCGUCCUGCAACCUGAAUCCAAGGAUCU